GCCCAGGGCAGAGGGAAGUGAGCACACGCGCAGACCUCUACCAGUCCUGGCACCUGCAGCAGGGAGGCGGUGGCAGAUCUGGCUCCAAUUUCAAGUUCAACUUCAAGGGCGGACAGUGGAUCCAAGCGACCUUGGUUCACGUUUCAGAGCCCAUUCCCCUCAACCUUCAGGCCAAACUUGAACUGCUGAACAGCAGGUCCCAUCCCGGACAGCCCCAUUCGCAGGCCGGCAGAGGACGCCCCAUUCGCGCCCCCCCCCCCCCGAUUCUAGCUGGCAUUUGCCUCCCCUAUGUAGGGGUGCCUGCCGCGGUAGUGCCGUCAUGGGCCCGCUGCGCAUGCUGGCCCCCUCGCGGCUCGUGCUGCUGUUUGCGGGCCUGCUGCUGCUGGUGGUCCACAGCCACUGGGGCUUCCUGCGCCUCAUGGUGCAGCUCGAGAGCGGCGGCGCAGGCUGCCUCUCCACGUACAAGAUGCGCCACACGCGCGACCGCCCCCCCAUCAGCGCCGCGCGCUUCGCUGUGGCGCAAGUAGAGGGCCAGCCGGGCAUGGCGGGCGCGCUGCCUAGCAUGCCACGCUUCGGCGGAGGCGCCCCGCUGGUGUCCAUCAUCAUCACGGCGCACAACAGCGUGAACAAGACGAUGCAGGCGCUCAGAUCCAUCGCGGCGCUGGGCACCGAGAUCCCGUUUGAGGUCGUGGUGUUUGAUGACGCCUCCAGCGACGGCACCCCCGCGCUGCUGGCCCAGGUGGAGGGCAUCGUGGGCGGCCGCUCCGAGAAGCCCCUCGGCUUUGCGCGCGCCAACAACCACGCGACGUUCAACCUGAGCCACCCCUGGUCGCGCUACCUCUGGUACCUCAACAACGACGUGGAGGUGGGCAACGGCACGCUGGCCGCGCUGGUGGCCACGCUGGAGGGCCGCCUGGACGCGGGCGCCGUCGGCUGCAAGCUCGUCUACCCGACGGGCCUGCUGCAGGAGGCGGGCAGCCUGGUGUACGCGCAGGGCAGCUGCGCGGGGUACGGCCGCGGGCAGUCGCCGGCAGCGCCCGAGUACAACUACGUGCGCAGCGUGGACUACUGCAGCGCGUGCUGCCUGCUGGUGCGCCGCGACGUGUUUGCCGCGGCGGGCGGGUUUGAGGCGAACACGUUCCCGCACUACUACGAGGACAGCGACCUGCAGAUGAAGAUCCGGUACGAGCAGCGGCUGGCGGUGCUGUACCAGCCGGCGGCCGCGGUGACGCACCACGAGUACAGCUCCAAGGGGCGCGACGAGGCGCUGGCGCUUAUGGCGGCCAGCGAGGUCAUCUUCCGGCGCAAGUGGAAGCCGUUCAUCGAGUCGCGGCACUUCCCGUCCAGCCCCGCCAGCGUGCUGUGCGCACGCGAGAACACGGGCGCCAAGCGCAUCCUGUUUGUGGACCAGCUGCUGGGGGACCCCGACACCGGGAGCGGCUACGGGCGCGCGCUGCUCAUCCUGCACGCGCUCGCGCAGUUCCGCGCGCUGGUCACCAUGUACCCCAUGCUCGACCGCCGGCCCCCGCGCACCGUGGCGCAGCUGCUGCAGCGCGGCGUGGAGGUCAUCUGGAACGCCACCGCGGGCUGGGAGUACAGCGACCCCCUCCUGGCCGAGCGCACGCAGCAGCUGUGCGCCUUCCUGGAGGAGCGCGCCGGCUUCUACGACGCCGUCAUCGUCAGCCGGCCCCCCAUCUUCCUCAACGCGCACGCCUGCAUCAAGCAGCACCAGCCCCGCGCGUACCUUGUGUUUGACAGUGAGGCGCUGUGGUACACCCGCGACGAGGCGCGCGCGCAGGCGCUGCACGACGAUGCGCUGCUGGCGGCGGUGCAGCAGGGCCGCGUGGAGGAGCUGCGCCUCUUUGCCCUGGCCAACGAGAGCCUGCUCGUCACGCAGGCCGACCGCGAGCGCGUCGCAGAGUUCCACGGGGGCGGGCACGUGCAGACCAAGAUUUUGUCGUUCUAUGUGGAGCCGGCGCUGUCGCUGCCGGGGUACGGCGCGCGCUCGGACCUGCUCUUCAUCGGCGCCUUCCACAACACGAUGUACUACAACGGGGACGCCGUGAAGCACUUCGUGGCCAACGUGUUCCCGCUCAUCCGGCGGCAGCAGCCGCGCGCGCGCAUCGUGGUCAUCGGCAAGGAGCCCCCCCCCGAGCUGCUGGCGCUGGACGACCGCGCGGGGGGGGUGCACGUGCUGGGCAGCGUGGACGAAUUGGGGCCGUACUACGACAGCGCGCGCCUCUUUGUGGCGCCGCACCAGUACGGGGCGGGCAUCCAGAUCAAGGUGCUGGACGCGAUGGCGCACGGCGUGCCGGUGGUGGCCAUGGAGCGCAUCGCGGCGCAGCUGGGCGCGGUCAACGUGAGCGACGGCAUCCUGGCGGCGCGCGACAGCGCGGACAUGGCCGCGCAGGUGGUGGCCAUCAGCGGGGACGCGGGCGCGUGGCAGGCGCUGCGCGAGGCGGCCGUGGAGUUCGUGCAGGAGCACUACAGCCGCUCCUCCUUCCUCUCCUCCGUGGACAGCCUCCUGGCGCGCAUCCCGCAAACCGCGUGCAUACCGGGGCCGGGCGGCAGCAUCGCACAGCGAUGACAUCGGGGCGGCUCCGUGCCGGCAACCAGCCAGCUGCGACCCCCAGUGAUUUUACCCGGUUCCUAGAAAAGUCUCGUCGAACGAGUUGUUUACUCUGCAUCAUAAUGGAGCAGCCUUAGGUCUUCCCGCUUGAUGCUCCGUGUGCAAGCAGUGCUCCCAUUGCCGCCUAGAAUGUCCACUUUAGUUGAAUGUACAACGUGUUGAAAUAUCAAGAUUGUUGAAUCCAGCUUACAGCUUCACAUGGAAACCUUGAAUGCGGAACAUUUGCGAGUUGAGCCACACAUAUUCACGUCUGAACAUUUCAACCUAAAACAGCAUACUGACCAAUUGUAGGUGACUCCACAUCUUGAAACCUCUGAAGUGUAACAUGGUCAGAUCUACAAUAGAGGGAUAUUUUUUAGAUGAUGAUGAUGAUGAUUUAACGCCGGUUUGGAGCCGUGAUCGGCUAAGUCGACGACUGAAUCUAUUCAACGUUCUGCAA